UGAGUAGGCCACGCCCCCUAGUGGGCGGGGCCACGCCGAGAGGCAGCAUGGAGGAGGAAGACGUUCUCUAUGUGGGACCGGUCCCAGGCAAGAAGGCUUCGCGGCGAAAGCGGCGGCGGUGCCCACAGAAACUCGCGGAGGUUAUCGAUCUCACCGGAGAUGACUGCUUUAUUGUAAGAACAACCACUUACAGUGACUUGGAUGUGAUUGAUCUGACAGAGACUGAGAAAAUUACAGUCAGCCCUCUUCGUGAGAGUGGCUACUUUCCUCAAGACAUAAAACACUCCACCCCAGUCAGUCCUCAGCCUGAGGGAUCUUCUAAAAAUCAUAUUACGGCAGACUCUGAGAUGCAACUUGGUGCAUCUACUGGCACGUGGAAUGGAGACUGUGGUCCAGUUUUCUUCAAUGCAGAGCCAGGGAGAAGCAGGGUGUCUCCAAAGCAGCAGCAGGGAGAAGCUGCUGCUUUGGAGACACCCUGCUUCCAAAGCAGCAGCUUCUCCCCCACCACCAACUGUGGCCAAGACUUGGAAAACAGCAGUCGCACCACUUAUAACAGUGAUUUGGGCUCCUUGGGAAGUCCUCAACUGGAGUCAGACAUUUUCUCCUUUUCAUCAACCAAUGAGAGCAAUGAAUGUCAAAUGUUUCAAGACAGUAUAGAGGAGCUUCCCAAGCAUUGCCCACCUGACAGAGCUUCCACCCUGCAGCCCUCACUGCUGCCUGAGAGACAUUGUCCAAGUCUGUCCCCCUCCUGCUCUCCUGUGGAUACUUCCCCAUCCAAAACAGAAAUUGCCCAGUCUUUGCUAGAGGCAAAGAACCUAGCACCAAAUGCUGUGACAUUGAAUUCCCAGCAACCAGCUAAGAGGAUUGACAUCACUGUUUGGUUGAAAACAUUACGGUAUUUCCAGGGGUUGCCUGUACAUCAUCCUUUUCUCCAAAAUGUGGUGCAGGAAGAAACACAGAACAAGCAGCUGAAACCGAAUCCUAUCCCAUGUCGGAAACUGUCCAUGGUCUCCAGCACUAUUGAAGAGAACUUCUUCCACGGAACCUUGGACUCCCUUAUGGAUUAUGUGUCCUCCCGGUACUAUCCUCCAAAAGAAGUCACCUCAUGUGUGGUGAGGAAGAUCCUGCUGGGCCCAAAGAAUGAAAACAUACAGGAAGAUAUACGGAAGGAUGCUUACACGUUGUUGGUGAAAAUUCAAGCACUUCAUCCCGCAAAGGUUGACACUGUGGUUUGGGACUGGCCACUGCUACGCGAAGUCAUGGAAGAGGAGGAAGGAAAAUUUCCUGGACGACUCCUGUUCUUGAAGUAUGUAAUUCAGACCUUAGAAGAUGACUUCCAGAGAACAAUCAGAAUUGGCCGUCUGCACAGAUCCAUUGCCAAAGCAGUGCUUUCCUGUGACUACUGUUCCAGUAACAUAAAGGAAGUGAUUGAAUGGUUAAUAUCUGCAGUCACUGGAAGAAAGCUUUCUGAAUGCAGAAAUUUGCAGAAUGCCAGAAGUCUUUCAUUAGAAACAUCCCAGGACAAGAGCAGCGGCUUCACACUAGAUUUGCACUUUGACCAGAGUACACAAAGGGAAGAUGCCUCUUUGCCAUGGCAGACUGAAACGGAAGUAGCACUUUUACAGAGGAUGCUUUCUAUAGCAGUGGAAGUGGACAGAUCUCCAACCUGCAGUGCCCACAAGAUUGCCCAUGUGGUAUUUCCUUCAGUGCUGAAUAUUCCGAAGCGCUGCCAGAGGGAUGCCUUCCUAAGCAGCAUGGAAUGCGAUCUCCUGCAAUGCAAAGUGCUGGAGCUCAUUUUUCAACAUAGUACUGUUCCUACUAAGGGUCCCUUGUCUUUGACCAGGAUCUUAAAGUUGCUGCAAAGCUUUUCUCUGCCACUAAUAUACCAGGACAAUGAAGCACCAUGGCAGGGAUGGGAUGAGAUGCUUCACCAUUUGAAUUUGUUGUUGAAGAGUUAUUGCAGCAUAAUCCUAGGGCACUUAAGAAGCCCAAUCUAUGAGCGGAUUAAUUUAAUUAUAAAGGGUGCUAAACCCAAAUUACAAUCAGAAGAUUGUAUUAAAGAAAGUGAUAUAAAGUGCAGAAUUCAAAGCUUCCAAAAACAGCUUUCUAAAACUACUCAGCAGCCAAUCCCAUCGUCCAUCAUAGAAAAAAUAGAACUACUUCAGAUACAGCUACUUACUGCUCUGGAUACCUAAAGGAUGACUGCUGGACUGCUAAAAAAGGGAGCUUCUUUCAAGUAGAAAUGCCAAGCUAUGGAUUUAAAAGAAACACUGGUUCCAAUCCCAUUUUUACAUUGUUAUGAGAUUGUCAAACAAUUGAAAGUCUUCAGUUUAGCCUGAAAUUGGUCUGUGACUGUUUCCAUGUGGAUUUUGUACUACUUUUGUAAUAAAUUAUAUUAUUACUUAUGGA